AUGAAGCAAAUCCUAGCAAUCAAACCCAGCAAGAAAGGCGCCACUGACUCCUUCAUUUGGCUCUCCACUAAGUCCGGCGUUUACUCGGUCAAGACUGGUUACCAUUCAGCUAUGGCCUUGCAGGAAAACCCUCUUGACCCCCUUAACCUGCACGAACCAUUUAAUUGGAUGACAGAAGUCUGGAACGGAAAGUUCUCUCCAAAAAUGAAGGUGUUUUUGUGGAAAACACUCCAGGAGGCUUUACCUGUUGGCGGAAAUCUCCUCAACCGGGGCUUGAUGGACACGGCUUGUUGCAUCCAUUGUGGCGAUCUUGAGACAACGGAACACUUGUUCCUCCACUGUCCCUAUGCUACAGCAGUUUGGAAACUGGCUCCCUUCUCCAUUAACCCAAACCCAAACCUACUUCAAUCCUUCUCAGCAGCCCUAACUACAUCCAAAACUUGGAUUUGCCUCCCACCGAUAGGCGCAGGAUCAGGGUCUCUCUUUCCCUGGAUAUGUUGGGCUAUUUGGAAAGCUCGAAACACCUUGAUCUUCGAAGAACGUCUCUUUCAACCUGUGGAAACGAUGCACAAAGCCAUUACGGAUUUUUUUUUUUUCAGGUUUGGCCAGGUUCGGAUUGUUUUUUUUGGCCAGGUUUUGGGAUAA